AUGGAAACUCUUGAACGGAUAAGAUGCGUUCACUGUGAAGAUACUCGGUGGAAGUUUUUCAUCUCUUUGGAUGCGUUGGACACUGCACUGGAUGCUAUUAAAAAUAUCAAUGUGUACGACGUUUUUCCAGAAUGUGAAUGGGUUAUUGGCAAUUCAGGUGUUCAGGGUUUGUAUACAGCUCCCUUCUUAAUUAUUUUUCAUCAAGGGGAGGCAAAGGCAGUCUGUUUAGACAAUCUAGACGUUUUAAUUCUCUCUCAGCUUUUUGAAGCUAAUGUUGAUCCCGAUUUAUCGGACCACGAAUUAGAUUCCACAAAUCUUGGACUUCCCUUAUUUAACCAAGUUCCAGAUCAAAGCUUGACCGACGCAUUAGACAUUGUACGCGGUGCAUUUUCGACAAAAGUUUUGGACAUAAUUUCAUCAGUUGCUUUUAAAUACGCCAAGAAAACUAUUGAGCAAGUUCACGUCAAUAUCGCGGCUGAAAAUUCUGAAGAAAUUUUUAUGCAAGCUAUCGACUCCAUUUCUACUGAUCCGCAGUGUCUGGUUAAUACAAGAACAAGCAUUGAGAAUUGGAAAGAGUCUAAUUUCAAGUCACAAUGUUUGGGAACGAUUAAUGUUUUGAACGAACUCUCUAUUAGCCUUGCUAAAGAACAAUUUUUUCAUGUACUAGAAAUGGUUUCUCUUUUGAAACAAUUGAGUCAGACUUCCAGUUACGAAUUCUCCACAAAUAUCUUCCAAAGCAUUAUUCAAAAAUAUAUUAAUAGGUUACCUUUCAAUCGAGAGCCGUUCAAAAGUUGUCAGCAAAAGAUUACUAAAUCGAUCGGUUUCUUACCUAAACUUGUUUCACAAUUGGCAGAGUUGAAUUAUGAUCCUCGAUUAUACAAGCUGCAUCAAAAAUUAAAAAAUAUAAAGACAAGCGGUUUCGACGAAAAGGCUAUUAUGAAUUUUUUUGAUCUAUUAUCGGACGAGCGAUUUGAAAAUGAAUAUUAUGAGAAACUCUGGAUGAAUUCUAGAUUUAUUUAUUUAAUCCGUAAUUCACCAAUUGCGAUACCAAGAGUUGCUUCGUUGUUGCAAGAAUCAAAUAUUACAGAGUGCCCGAGUUACGUACCGCAGGAUAUCCAAGAACGCUUGAACGAAUACCGGAACAAAAUUUCCGAGCAUGAAAAUAUUACAAUGCCAAAAAUAUUGAACAAUAUUGAUGAAGUGAUAAAGUUUUUAAGCUUAUGGUCAACCGAAAAGAAAUAUAUGCACCUGAAGAAUAAUUCCAUCUCAAAAAAUGCAGCAUUAGAAAAUGCAUUCGAGUCUGCUGAUGCUUUAUUUUAUUGGAAUAAAGAAGAAAAACAUAUAAAGGAACCUUGGGAAGCUCAAACGAUUAAAAAUGCACUUCAAAACCUUGAACAAUGGAAAAGGAAUUUGGAUAUGAACCAACCAAAACUUCCAUUACUGCCAAUUUCAAUUUUGUUUUCGAAAGCAACGAUAAGAAUUCCAGUGAAUGCGAUAAAAAGUAAGUCAGUGAGAACGACACCUUCGUUUGGCCAAAAAUCAAAUAAUUACCCGCCUCUAGCUUCGAAUACACUUCAAUCAAAGAAAACUUUUCUGGCUAGAUUUGAUUGUAUUGUUGGAUUACUUACCUCGGUUAAUUGUAUAGUAGCUCAAGAUAUUUUACGUAUAAUGGCCAAAUUUCCAAUGGCACUGCCUCUUGUGAUGCCAGAUAUGGAGCAUGAGAACGAAUAUAAAUUAAUGCUCCCCCUUCUUACCGGCCCCAUAAUCAAAUGGAAUCAAAAUCUGGAAAAAUCGUUGAAAACCAUCUCUUCAGGAGCCUAUUUAAAUUACUUGUCGCUUAGUGAGCCUGGCGCAUCUCGAGGCAAACCGCACACACUUUCUGGAAGUGUUGAAUUAACUUGGCUUAUUCAAGAAACUUGCAGUGCCGGUCUAUGGAAAUCUGUCAUGCAACCCUACUAUGAAA